AAAUUUGGGCAUUGACACGAAAUGAACCUUAAAGUUUUUCGGCUGCUUUUGUUGGCCACACUGUUGGUUAGCACCAAACAGCUGUCGCUGCGCACGGAUUCCAGUUAUAAUGCCGGAGUCGUGGAGUUCAAGCUUAUAGAAUCGGGAAACCCAUCGGAUCGCGUUUCGCAGGCAACAAUGGAGUAUAUGAAAAUCAUCGAAUCGAAUGCUACCGCCGAUCUGGAUAUUCUGGUAUUCCCCGAGUAUGUGUUAAAUAAUAGAGAGAUGGCCACAUUUGUGCCACAUCCGUCACAGAAUGUGACACCCUGUUUUGAGCCGGACUACGAAUUGUUCCUGGUGGAAUUAUCCUGUGCCGUAAGAGCUCGAGGCAUCUACGUGGUCCUCAAUGUGUUCGAGAAGGAGCUUUGUGGCAAGGACUAUGGCUCAAAGACUUGGAAUCCUUGUCCGGCGGAUGGAGUACGUUAUUUCAAUACAAAUGUGGUGCUGGACCGAAGGGGACAAGUGGUGUCCCGUUAUCGCAAGACGCAUUUGUGGCGCGGCGAGUACAAAAAAAAUGCCGUACUCCGUGAACCGGAUAUGGCGACCUUUGAGACGGAUUUUGGCGUGACCUUUGGCCACUUCAUUUGCUUCGACAUGCUGUUCUAUGAGCCGGCCAUGCGACUGAUACUGGAGCGUAAUAUUACGGAUAUUAUCUAUCCAACAUAUUGGUUCUCGGAGCUACCGUUUCUGAGCGCCGUACAAUUGCAGGAAGGUUGGUCCUAUGCCAACGAUGUGAAUUUGCUGGCAGCAGAUGGCAGUAAACCCGCUGGCCGUACCACCGGAUCGGGCAUCUAUGCCGGACGUAACGGUCGCCUGACGGCCGCCAUCUUUGAGGUACCGACCACACGGCUUUUGACGGCACGUGUGCCCAAGAAAAGCCGUUACAGCGGCAAACCCUUUGAACUAGCCACAAAAGUAGUGCCCAUUUUCAGUGCACAAUUGGUCACCAAACGGUACACGGAAGUUGCCACCUUUCGGGAUUACAAUGUGGACAUUUUUCAGACACAACUGCUCGAGGCGGACUUUUUGAAUGCCACACAAAAACUGUGUCACAAUGAUUUCUGUUGUGAUUUUCAAGUGUUGCGUCGUCCCAUCGGCAGUUCGGUCGAUUAUGCCGCCUAUCGUUAUCGCUUGGCUGUCUAUCGGGGCAAUGAGACGACCUUCAUUCGUGUGGAUCGCAGUGAGCAGGCGAUUUGCGCCAUCUUUGCCUGCACCACAGAGCAUUUACUCAGCUGCGGACGCAUUUUUCCCGCCGCUCAGAAUGUGGCCAAUAAAUUGUAUUUCGAGAAAAUUCACAUUUCCGGCGUAUUUCCCGCUGCGCCGCGUCGUCUCAUCAUGCCCAGCACUUUGGAUGGUGUCUUCCUGCCACUGGAUGUGGCACAGUACAAGUUUGAGGAGUCGCCACCCGCCAAGGAGCUGAAGCAUACUCGCAUCGAUAUGCAACUCAUACAACCCAAAAAUGAUCUCUUGACCUUUGGCAUUUGGGCCAAUUAUUUCACCGAAUUGCCCACCAGCCACAAUUUGGAUCAUUUACAGCCAACGUUGGGCGGUGGUUCCACUGGUUCAGCUGGUACUCCUGCUCCCAGCACCACUGAUAAUGCAGCUCCUGCUCUAACCUCAGCUUCAAUAGCGUGUUUCCUACUGGUUGCAUUCGCACUCAAAGUUUAAAUGUCCAUAUCACCUUAUCUUUUUUUUUUUUUUAAUUUAAAAACAAUUUUUUUCAACACUUUUUAGU